AUGUCUCUCUUUGCCUGGUCACUCUUCACGAAAUCAACGCAACACUUCCAACAUCGAGCGUGCCUCUCUACCUAUGGCGGUUCUAUCCAUGCGCUUGCAAUUUCCAAUGAUGGCCAAGCUCUUGCAUGCGGUGGCACCGAGGGCGUUAAACUCUGGGAUACCAGAUCACGAAAAGAACUCACAUGCUCUCCCCUUAACUGCGAGUCGCGGGGUACAGUCAGCUGCGCUGUCUGGAUCACCACAAGACUAGGCAUGGCGGAAACACUUUGUUAUGGAACCGGUUUAGGUUACGUGGCAUUCUUGCGGCGUAGCCCAAUAGAUGAGAUUUGCGUUAGGAGACUCGGAUCGGGCUUUGAAAUUACUUGCAUGUCAUGGGAUCCGACGUCCUCCGACGCAGGUGCGCGGAUAGCAAUCGGAACGAGGGACAAAAUAGUUCAGGUCCUUGUCCUCAACACAAAUUCGCAACUGCAGGCUGUGUUUUCAGUGCGACUAGACAACACAGUACCUAAGUCUGUCGCAUUUGCAGACGACCGAGGUGUCUAUGCAUUUGGACUGUACGAUGGUAAUUUCAUCAAGUUGAAUGGCGACGACGGCACGGUGGUGAAGGAGUAUACCUGUAAAUCAGUGAUCGGUCACGCAGCCGUCAAUCAGAAGAGAGGCGUGUUCGUGGUCGACAACGCAGCAGACGGUUUUACGCUGUACCGACUUGACGGCAACGAGGAGCCAGUUCGAACAUUCGUAACUGCUCCUCCGAGUGUGUCAGUACCCAAACAGGUGGCAUUCGGAGCAGAAGGAAGAUUGAUUGUAGGAGGAAGCGACAAUGGAUCAGUGUAUGUAUUUGAAAGGAAGACAGGCAAGCUACUUGACACUCUUCGCCACUCCAAUGGAGGCCUGGUGCAGACCAUCGCUACCCGAGAUAUUGAUGGGCGCUGCACAGUCGCCACUGCAUCACCAGCGCUAGGCCGCGGCAAAGCCACAAUUAACUUAUGGGUCCACGACUAUAGCAUAGGAAAGGCGACUCUUACCUCUAAAGAUUCCUGGUCAUUAUUACAUAUGCUGAAGCGCAUGUUUACGCUUCUGGUUCACUUGAGUGCCUUGGCGCUCAUCGUCUCCUUUCUGAUAACCAGCUACUCUGACACGGUGGUGACAUGGUCAAUAGACAUCGCCCAGCGCAUGAGACCAAUGCACAUGUUCAUCUUUCCCGCUAGCAACCCUCCACAAAGUGCAGUAUUUGAAGAAGCACCAUAUAUCCAAGAGGCGGUACGUGAAAAGAGCGACAUCUUGAUACUCCAUGAACUGGCCGAAAAGCUCAUGGAAGUCAUUCGAGAAGCAAAACGAGAUGCGGGCGAGGAUCUUCAUCAUGUAAUAAAACACGACAUCACCGCCGAAGUAGAAAGGGUCUUCCAUCAGGCAGUGCAGGCAAGAAAGGACGACAUCAGAGGAACUCGGAGAGGACAGGAUGGUUCGGGGAAGGAGGUUAUUCUCGUUUAG